AUGAAGAGGUCAGAGGAGAGGCAAGCAUCACUGGCUGAAAGAUGGACAGGCGUGUGCCGAUCACUGGCAACUAGUGGACCUCAGGGAAGUCAACUGGACACUGACUUGGAGGCCCACUGGGGCAGAUUUCUCAGGCAUGAGCCAGACACUGGCAUUUCCCAAACUGCAGGGGACACAUCUCAAGCUCUCCGAGAGACCGGCCUGAAGUCCCUCUCAUCAGACUCAAGGAGCGAGCGCCAGGCAAUCGCGUUCACAAAGGCUUUGGAAAGAAGCGGUUCCACCGUCCCCGCUCGGCUCCAGCCCCGGGUAACUAUUCGGGGCCCCGAGGGGUGGUGGAAGCCGGAGGCCCCGGGGGUGUGUGGAGGGGGUCACUCUCCCCGGGAAGCCUGGAAGCGGGACCCCAGAAUAAGUCGGGGGCGGGCCGCGGCGCGGCGGGCGGGCAGAUCCCACCCCUUCCUGAAGGAAGCGCCCUCCUCGCCGCGACUGCCGCCGCCGCCGCCGCUGCCGCCGCCGCAGGUCACGGCCCCGCCAGGCGACCGCGGCCCCGCCGCACCGGAGCAGGUAGGCGCGGCGCCCCCUCCUCCGCGCGGAGCCGCCGGGCAGCCAGGGGGCAUGGGGUUCGGCUCCGCGCCCAGCCCGGAGGCGGAGAACAGGGGACUGCGGGAGCCGCAGCGGGGCUCGGGCGGCGGGGUCCUCCCGGCAGCGGAGCCCUGCUCGGCGGCGGCCCCCGCCCCGGAGCGCCCCGGGCGCGGCGCCGCCUCCCGAACCCCCGCGGGCGCACUCCCGGAGCGAGGCGCGGUGGCUGGCGGCGUUCCGGAGUCCCCGCCGGCGCGCCUAGUCCCCGCCGCCUCCGCAGUGCCGUCAGCCGAACCCCUGCGCCUCCCGGCCGCUGCGGUUCGGAUCCCGUCCUUUGACAGGUGUCCCCCCCGCCCCCCGCCGCCCCAUCCGAUACCCAGGCCUUUUGUUGUCGGGGGACUCGGAAACGACCCCAAGUUUGGCCUCCCGGUCUCCCUGCCGUUCGCCGUUCACUUUCCCGUUAGCCGAGACAGGCUGGCGCGGGCGGCAGGGGAGCCGGGAGGGAGGCACUAA